GCUUCAAGAUCUUUUUAAAAUGAAAUUAAAAAAAAAAACUUACGAUGGAAAUUAAAAGAUCGAUCGAUCGAUUCUUAAUCAUGUUCGCUGCGAAUGAUCGUAUUAAAGACACCAAUUUAUUCGUCCAGGGUUAUUCGUUCUAAGUAUAGAAUUUAGCCGCAUAUAGUGGAUCCACGUCGUCGCGGAGUCGACGCGACGGCGGCGGCAAGGCAGAGAGGAGAAGCCGAGCGUUCUUUGCUUUCCGCUCGCGGAAAUAAAACAGUUCUUCAUCGGAUACGCUCGCACGGAUAAGCUGUCGAUAAUCUCGGGUUUGACAACCCCUAUUCGGCUUAGCUCUCUCUCUUUCUCUCUCUCUUCCUUCCGAUCUAUCUCUUUCUUGUAUCUUCCUUUCUCUUUCAGAGCAACGAAAACUAUCCAGAGAAACUUGUGACACGAUUGGCCACGUAUAUCUGUUUGAGUUGUUAAAAAAAGAGGAACGGAAAGAGGGGGAGGAAGAAAGAGAGAGACUGAGAUAGAUAGAUAGAUAGAUAGAGAGAGAAAGAGAGAGAGAGAGAGAGAGAGAGAGAGAGAGAGAAACAGACAGACAGACAGAGAAAGAGAGAGAGAAAGAGAGAGAGAGAGAGAGAGAGAGAACGAGAGAACGAGAAGAGUAUCAGAAAACGUGGUCGGAGAGACGAAUACGUGGUCCGUGUUACGUAGUGGACAUAAACCAAGUCUAGCGUGGGUGUCUUCUGCUUCUCAAGGAUUACGUAAUCUCGUCUCUUUCUUUUGCUUACGUCAGCUAUCUUGAAGAUCGCGGACGACGAAGACGAUGAACGAAAAGGAUCUUCCGUUUCGUCUCUAUCAGUCUUAUCUUUGGAUGAUUUAUCAAAGAAAAAUCAUCGAAUUUACGAUGCCAUGUGAUCGAUCCGUUUUGAAAAAUACAUUGAUACGUAUUUUCAGAGUUAUUAUAUUUUCCUGAAAAAUCUAGAUGAUCUUUCUUGUGAUCACGAUUGGAACGGCUAAGAUCGAGCAACGAACGAACGAGUUCUUCUCUUCGAUCGAAGAAGAUUUAUUUGAAGCUGAAUACUUCUUUAGCCAGAAAUUGGUUGGAGAACGGGCAUCGAUGUUAAAAGGAACGAACGACCGUGUGCCAAUAAAAUGAUACACGACUUGAUCUUUCGCGGAGUGUUUAACCGAUUUUAACCUCGUUGUGCAAGAACUCCUCGUAUAUAAAGGAUUUUAUUGAGAAAUCUCGCUUUUGCAUUUGAUCUUUAUUGUAGUAAGAGAUCGGUUAAAGAGUAAACGUUACAACGAUCGAAGAUAUCGAUAUCUGAAUGGCGAGGCACGUUCGAAACGAUUAAUUCAAUCGAAGAUCGAACAGAGAAAAUUCGUCGGGAAAAUGGGUUUGCUUUUGUCGGUGCUCGUUGGUUGCGUUGGAGUCCUUGAAUUGUUAACGUGCCUUAAUCGAGUAUCCCAUCGUUCGAUCAUUUGGAUCGAUCCACCGACAACAUGUCUGUCUUAUCACGAUCGUCCUCAAGGUGGAUUUACCAUACAUGAUUCUUUAUGUGGUAUCGGUCAUUCGAGAGAUCUUGAUUUAUCCUCUGGUGCCAAGUACAAGUUGGAAAAUCUUCAUGAAUAUAGUUUGAGAAUACGAAGUGAACUUCGAUCCAAGGAUCGAACUUUCGAUGGUAAUACUCUCUCAGAUUGUAGCACUACGGAUCUUUUGGCUAGAUCGGAAUCAAAAAUUGAUCCUGAUUUCGAAAGUCUCUCGAGAGAGUUCGAUGAAUCUACUGAGAUUAUUACAUCUACGCUCGCGGAAAAAUCAGAAGAAUAUUUUAGAGUAUCGACGCCGAUAUCGAUUAUUGCUACUACUCGAAAAUCGGAAUCGGAAUUGAGCAACGAAUCCGACAUAUCCUUCGACGAGGAUAUUUUGGAAAAGCGUGUAAAAACGAAAACGUUCGAUGUUUCGCUAGUUCGAGAUACAACAAGGUACGAAGAAUCUCCCUUAUCUGGAAAUGAAUCCGAUUAUGAAGACACAUCGAUAUUAAAAAAAUUAAUUCAAAGGUCAAAAUCACCGGAUGUUUCCAAAAAAUUUGAUAGCAUAGAAUCGUCAAAAAUUGAUACGGAAGUCGAUAAAAAUCGACAAUUGUUAAAAAAAUCUAAAAUCAAGCCAUCGACGACAAUCAUUCGAAAAGCAACGAGAUUGAAAUCGAAGAACGCGGGGAUUAGCAAAUCUGCGGAAAAUCUUAGUACAAAAAAAUCUAAGAGACAACGCGAACCGGAGAGACGUAAAUCAGAUAUAUCUGUACAAACGUCACGUAAUAUUUUGAAAGACGAAUGGACAAACACGUCUCCUCCGGGAAGUCCGAGUUUAUCCAGAUCUGAAAGCAGGGCUAGUGUUUCUGUUCAAGUACAAACGAGUUUUGAGGAGGGACCAUUCGUUGAAAAACUCGAAACUGUGGAACUCCAAGUGGAGAAUCCUGCAUUGGGUUUAUCCGAAAGUAAACGAGACUUAUAUUCUCGUGAGAAACGUGCUAAAAGUUCUUUCAAACGUAGAAGAUUUCGAUCAGCUUCAACCGAGACUACAAGUACCGACGAUUGUGCCGAUCCUCAUGUCAUCGAAUAUGCCAUUGCUUCCGUGGAGAGGUCAUAUAAUCAGGAUCAUUCGAACUCCUUGAAAAUAUCCACUUUUGAGGAAGCUAGUAGAAACGAUUAUGGGAGGGUCAGGGACAUCAUUUUUGAGACAGAGUCGACAACCCGAAACGAUGGAGGAAGGGAGAAGAAGGAACCAGUAUUAUUCUUCAAGUCGAUGUCCUCUCUCGAGGACGACGAGGAAUACAUCAGCGCGGAAGAUGUGAGUUCCAUCCACGGAAAAGGACACAUUGAAUACACCACACCUGACACCGAUCGGAACAAAGCUUUCUGGAAAAGUUGCACCCGGCACACUGCACCGAGGAUUGGUAGGAGCGUCCGGCCAGUGAAGGAAGAGGAGGAAGAGGAAGAGGAAGAGGAGAAGGAGGGAAAGGUGUCCGAAAGAGAGGAGGGAAGAGCGCGGUGUUUCUGGAGUCGUCGGGACGCCCAAAAUAGCGUCCCGAUAUGAUGACGCCCGGAGCAGACCGAUCCUAGAUUUCAGUCAGUUCGCAAGCUCGAAAGCUGCUGGGCACAACGAGCGAUCUCGCGACUCGCGACUUUCGAUUUAAAUUUUCGAUCGAUACGAAGAAAACAAUUUUUCUUUUUCCUACUCUACGACGUUGUCUUCCCUCGUUUUCGAGACUUUCAUCUCGCUCUCUAUAUCUAUCUCUAUAUUUAUCUUUAUUUAAUAUCAUAUCUUUAUAAAAACUCGUUCGCGUUCAAUCUCGCACGAGUUUUUGUUGGGAAGCUUUUAAGGAAAGAAUUAAAACACAGAGAUAGAAAAAAAGAGGAGAAGAAAAGACAAUGGCGGACGUAGA